CGCGGUAGUGGCCAUCCGGAGUGCCAGGCCUGGGGUUCUCGGUGUCCUUCCCCGGGUCACGGGCAAGGCGGCGACUUGACUUCUGGGCGCUGAGCCCGGGCGCGCGCGCAAGCGACCGCCGUCCCCGCUGCAGGUUCGCGUCCCGCUUUGCUCCUUGCGCCGCUCGGCUCGCGACCGCGAGGACGCCCCGGGACUGACGCCCCGGGACAGAGGCGCCCGUCGCGGCUGCGGGAGCAGAAACGAAGCUGAGGUCCGGGGAGAGGCGACAGCGGCCAGAGCGCCCGGGGAGGAGAGAAGGAGAGAAGAUGGCGUCGGAGCUGGAGUCCGAGGUGCAGGCCAUCGACCGCAGUUUGCUGGAAUGUUCUGCUGAGGAGAUCGCAGGGAAAUGGCUGCAAGCAACUGACCUCACCAGAGAAGUAUACCAGCAUUUAGCCUACUGUGUGCCCAAAAUCUACUGCCGGGGUCCCAACCCUUACCCCCAGAAGGAAGACACGCUCGCACAGCACAUCUUGUUGGGACCGAUGGAGUGGUACAUCUGUGGCGAGGACCCUGCCCUGGGCUUCCCGAAGCUGGAACAGGCGAACAAGCCUUCUCAUCUCUGUGGCCGGGUGUUUAAAGUAGGCGAGCCCACAUACUCUUGCAGGGAUUGUGCAGUUGACCCUACCUGUGUUUUAUGCAUGGAGUGCUUUUUGGGAAGUAUCCACAGAGACCAUCGAUACAGGAUGACGACGUCAGGAGGUGGAGGCUUCUGUGACUGUGGUGACACUGAAGCGUGGAAAGAGGGUCCUUACUGUCAGAAGCAUGAGCUUCACAGCUCUGACGUUGUGGAAGAGGAGGAUCCUCUUGUGCAUCUGUCAGAAGAUGUGAUAGCAAGAACUUACAACAUUUUUGCUAUUAUGUUUCAAUACGCAGUAGACAUACUGACCUGGGAAAAAGAAAGCGAAUUGCCUGCAGACUUAGAGAUGGCAGAGAAGAGUGACACCUACUAUUGCAUGCUGUUUAAUGACGAGGUUCACACCUAUGAACAAGUCAUUUAUACUCUUCAGAAAGCUGUUAACUGUACACAGAAGGAAGCCAUUGGCUUUGCAACUACAGUCGAUCGAGAUGGGCGUAGGUCUGUUCGAUACGGAGAUUUCCAGUACUGUGAUCAGGCGAAAUCAGUCAUUGUGAGGAACACCAGCAGACAGACCAAGCCGCUCAAAGUUCAAGUCAUGCACUCAUCCGUUGCUGCUCAUCAGAAUUUUGGUUUGAAAGCUCUGUCUUGGCUGGGAAAUGUUAUUGGAUAUUCAGAUGGCCUUCGCCGGAUUUUGUGUCAGGUUGGAUUACAAGAAGGGCCAGAUGGUGAAAACUCCUCUCUGGUAGACAGACUGAUGCUCAAUGAUUCCAAAUUAUGGAAAGGCGCUAGGAGUGUGUAUCACCAGCUGUUCAUGAGCAGCCUGCUCAUGGACCCGAAGUACAAGAAGCUCUUUGCUGUUCGAUUUGCAAAAAAUUACCAGCAGUUGCAGAGAGAUUUUAUGGAGGAUGAUCACGAGCGAGCAGUGUCGGUGACUGCUCUAUCUGUCCAGUUCUUCACCGCACCUACUCUGGCCCGAAUGCUCAUCACGGAAGAGAACCUGAUGACUGUUAUCAUUAAGGCUUUCAUGGACCAUUUGAAACAACGAGAUGCCCAGGGCAGAUUCCAAUUUGAACGCUACACCGCCCUUCAAGCCUUCAAGUUCAGGAGAGUUCAGAGCCUUAUCUUAGAUCUCAAGUAUGUGUUGAUUAGCAAACCAACUGAGUGGUCAGAUGAGCUGAGGCAGAAGUUCUUAGAAGGGUUCGAUGCCUUUUUGGAAUUACUGAAAUGCAUGCAGGGAAUGGAUCCGAUCACGCGUCAAGUAGGACAGCACAUUGAAAUGGAGCCGGAAUGGGAAGCCGCCUUCACGCUGCAAAUGAAGCUAACACACGUGAUUUCCAUGGUGCAGGAUUGGUGCGCUUUGGAUGAAACAGUGUUAAUUGAAGCUUACAAGAAAUGCCUCGCUGUGUUGAUGCAGUGUCAUGGUGGUUUUACUGAUGGGGAACAGCCAAUCACACUCAGUAUUUGUGGACACUCAGUGGAAACUAUCAGAUACUGUGUUUCCCAAGAAAAAGUUAGCAUUCACCUCCCAAUUUCUCGCUUGCUUGCAGGUUUGCAUGUAUUAUUAAGCAGAAGUGAAGUGGCAUAUAAAUUCCCCGAGCUCCUACCUCUGAGUGAACUGAGCCCACCCAUGUUGAUAGAGCAUCCUCUUAGAUGUCUUGUUUUAUGUGCCCAAGUGCAUGCUGGGAUGUGGAGAAGAAAUGGCUUCUCAUUAGUAAACCAGAUCUAUUACUACCAUAAUGUGAAAUGCAGACGGGAGAUGUUCGACAAAGACAUAGUGAUGCUUCAGACAGGUGUCUCCAUGAUGGAUCCAAAUCACUUCCUGAUGAUCAUGCUGAGCCGCUUUGAACUCUAUCAGAUCUUCAGCACACCUGACUAUGGGAAAAGGUUCGGUUCAGAGAUUACCCAUAAGGAUGUUGUUCAGCAGAACAACACUCUGAUAGAAGAGAUGCUGUACCUUAUCAUCAUGCUUGUCGGAGAAAGAUUUAGUCCUGGGGUUGGACAGGUGAGCGCCACAGAUGAAAUUAAGCGGGAGAUUAUCCAUCAGCUGAGCAUCAAACCUAUGGCUCACAGCGAACUGGUGAAGUCUCUGCCUGAAGAUGAAAACAAGGAGACUGGCAUGGAGAGCGUCAUUGAGACCGUUGCCCAUUUCAAGAAACCUGGGCUGACAGGACGAGGCCUGUAUGAGCUGAAGCCAGAGUGUGCCAGGGAGUUCAACCUGUAUUUCUAUCACUUCUCCAGGGCAGAGCAGUCCAAGGCAGAAGAAGCCCAAAGGAAACUGAAAAGACAAAACAGGGAAGAUACAGCACUUCCUCCUCCGGCUUUGCCUCCAUUCUGCCCCUUAUUUGCAAGUCUGGUUAACCUUUUACAGUCUGAUGUCAUGUUAUACAUCAUGGGAACAAUACUGCGGUGGGCUAUAGAGCACCAUGGAUCUACCUGGUCGGAGUCUAUGCUACAAAGGGUGCUGCAUCUGAUUGGGAUGGCCUCCAGGAGGAAAAAGCAGCACCUGGAUGCCGUGGAAGGGCACGUGGAGACGUUCACCUUCACUCGAAGAUCUCAAGUACAACCUGGUGAUGCACCAAAUAACUCCCCGAGCAUCCUCGCUAUGCUGGAGACGCUGCAGAAUGCUCCCUCCCUGGAAGCCCACAAAGACAUGAUUAGGUGGUUGUUAAAGAUGUUUAAUGCAAUUAAGAAGAUAAGAGAGAGUUCAUCCACCAGUCCUGUGGCAGAGACAGAAGGAACCAUAAUGGAAGAGAGCUCAAGAGACAAAGACAAAGCAGAGAGGAAAAGGAAAGCAGAGAUUGCUAGACUGCGCCGGGAGAAGAUCAUGGCCCAGAUGUCUGAGAUGCAGCGGCACUUUAUUGAUGAGAACAAAGAGCUGUUCCAGCAGACCACAGAGCUGGACACCUCUGCCUCUGCCACUCUUGACAGCGGCCCUCUGGUUUCAGAUACAGCACUCACAGCAUUAGGCCCAGCACAGACACAGGUUCCUGAUCAGAGACAGUGUGUCACCUGCAUAUUGUGCCAAGAGGAGCAAGAAGUUACUGUGGAAAGCAAGGCAAUGGUCUUGGCAGCAUUUGUUCAGAGAUCAACUGUACUGUCAAAAGACAGAACUAAAUUCAUUCAAGAUCCAGAAAAAUAUGAUCCAUUAUUCAUGCACCCUGAUCUGUCUUGCGGAACACACACUGGUAGCUGUGGACACGUUAUGCAUGCCCAUUGUUGGCAAAGGUAUUUUGAUUCCGUUCAAGCUAAAGAGCAGCGAAGGCAGCAGCGACUGCGCUUGCACACUAGCUAUGACGUAGAGAAUGGCGAGUUCCUCUGUCCCCUCUGCGAGUGCCUGAGCAACACCGUGAUCCCCCUGCUGCUUCCACCCAGGACUGCUUUCGGCAGGAGGUUAAAUUUUUCAGACCAACCAGAUCUGACACAGUGGAUUAGAACAAUAUCUCAGCAGAUAAAAGCGUUGCAGAUGCUUAGGAAAGAAGAAAGUGCCCCUGAUGCUCCCUCUUCAGAGAAUGUAGAAGACAUGGGUGAAGUACAUGUCCCAGAAGGCUUCAGGCCUGAUUUUCAGCCUAAGAACCCGUAUUCUGAUAGCAUAAAAGAAAUGCUCACAACAUUUGGAACGGCUACUUACAAGGUGGGACUGAAGGUUCAUCCCAAUGAAGAGGACCCCCGCGUGCCCGCCAUGUGCUGGGGGAGCUGUGCGUACACCAUCCAGAGCACAGAAAGAAUUUUGAGUGCUGAAGAGAAGCCGCUAUUUGGACCUCUGCCUUGUAGACUGGACGACUGUCUCAGGUCUCUGACACGAUUUGCAGCAGCACAUUGGACAGUGGCGUCACUUCCCGUGGUGCAAGGGCACUUCUGUAAACUCUUCGCAUCCUUGGUGCCUAAUGACAACUAUGAAGACCUCCCGUGCAUAUUAGACAUCGACAUGUUUCAUUUACUGGUGGGCCUGGUGCUCGCAUUCCCGGCUCUGCAGUGUCAGGACUUUUCAGGAAGCAGCCUCGGCACUGGAGACCUGCACAUCUUCCGUCUGGUUACCAUGGCACACAUCGUCCAGAUCUUACUUACCUCACGUACAGAAGAGAAUGGCAUGGAUCAAGAAAAUCCAAGUGGGGAAGAAGAAUUAGCUGUUCUCUCUUUGCACAAAACACUUCACCAGUGUACUGGAAGUGCCUUGGAAGAUGCGCCCUCUGGCUGGCACCUGUGGCGGAGCGUCCGGGCUGCCAUCACGCCUUUCCUCAAGUGCUCCGCCUUGUUUUUCCAUUACUUAAAUGGAGUUCCAACCCCACCAGACCUUCAAGUUUCUGGAACAAGCCAUUUUGAACAUUUGUGUAACUACCUUUCCCUGCCAACCAACCUCAUGCACCUUUUUCAAGAAAACAGUGACAUCAUGAACUGUCUAGUUGAAAGUUGGUGCCAGAACAGUGAAGUUAAAAGCUAUCUGAACGGUGAAAGAGGUGCAAUAAGCUACCCAAGAGGCUCUAACAAACUGAUCGACCUUCCAGACGAUUACAGCAGCCUCAUUAACCAAGCGUCCAAUUUCUCGUGCCCCAAAUCAGGCGGCGACAAAAGCAGAGCCCCAACUCUGUGCCUCGUGUGUGGAACUCUCCUCUGCUCCCAGAGCUACUGCUGCCAGGCUGAGCUGGAGGGGGAGGACGUUGGAGCCUGCACAGCACACACCUACUCCUGCGGCUCCGGGGCUGGCAUCUUCCUAAGAGUACGGGAAUGUCAGGUGCUAUUUUUAGCUGGCAAAACCAAAGGAUGUUUUUAUUCUCCUCCCUACCUUGAUGACUACGGGGAGACGGACCAGGGACUCAGACGAGGAAAUCCACUACAUUUAUGCCAAGAGCGGUUUCGAAAGAUCCAGAAGCUAUGGCAGCAGCACAGCAUCACGGAGGAAAUUGGACACGCGCAGGAAGCCAACCAAACCCUGGUCGGCAUUGACUGGCAGCAUUUAUAAUCACUCCUCUACCAAAAACUUGAACUUGGAGUUUUGUUACCAGCUGGCUUUUCCAGGAAGACAACAGAAAAUAAGUUCAGCUGAGUCUAUUUUGAAAUAAGUUCUUUAUUUAAGCUUUUCUUCCCAGUUUUAUUUUUCUAGUUUCUGGCUCCAGAGACUGAUGAAAAUCAUUUUCCGCCAGAUUUUAUCCCUGUGUCCCUCAGAUGUGUCCUGGCCUGAGACCCUUUUCUAGACAGAGCCGAGCUCCUUUGGAGGUUGCCUACUUCACUUGCCAGUAGCCUGAGCCAUUCCACAUCACUGAUGGUGUUGAACUUGUUGAGCAGAGGCCAAAGGAGCCCUUGGGGCCAUCAGAUGACACGUCCCACCUUGGUGCCUCAGCACUGAGGUCCCGUUCACCUCUGGGACUGGACCUCACCUCCAAGAGCAAAGCAGUUGAAUUUGAAGCUGGGAUUCUCUUCUCUGCGUAGCCUAGAAGGCUGGGGAUGCUAACAGGAGAACCUAGGGGGAGAGCAGCUGGCUUUUCACAACUGUAGAUGGUUGGUUUUUAUCUAUUUUUGUCAAGACUUUUGGCUUACUCAGUUAAAGGGCUUUUGAAAUGGACAGGACCUCCUAGGGCUCAGACAACAACUCCUGCUGUGAGGUGGACACAGCAGAUAGGAGAGCUCAGCUCAGUGUCUGCCUACCAGCCUGGGAGGCUGAAGUGGGAAGACCAGGAAUUCAAGGCUAGCUUCAACUGUGUUAUGAGCUUGACUUGAGACCAUCUCAAACCAAACAAAAUUCCAGAGCCAGUGUUCUGAGGCACCUGGAUUAGAUGUGUUGCUGCUUGUCUGCCCUUCCCCAGCGGUGUGCACACAGACUCUAUUCUUUUUAGGGAUUAUCAAAGAGGUGCCUUUCUAGAACUAUAGCCGCUCGGUGCCGCAGUUACAGCUCUGGCACACUGCACACGGCAGACGUGAAGAGAGCUCACAUACAUGCGGUGACAGCAGAUGCAACAGAGAUGAACUCCCAUCUCCAUGUGGGCUGAGGCCGCAUGAACAGAAGAGGUUAUUGGCUUUUCUAAGCCUUCUAACAGCCUGAUCACUCAGCCUUUGAGAUUCAACCACAAGUUCUGCUCUGCUCUACUCAGCUGCAUCCAUGCACAGUAUCCCAGGAGGGUCCGAAGCCCAGACCAGAAGCUAAAAGACACAUAACUAGCACAGUCUCCAGGAUCAUGUGAGGAGCUGCCUCCCCUCCAAAGAAUGGACUUCACUUCGCUCUUCUGCUUCCCAGGCUCAAGAGCUAAAAGGUUACGCAGCAGGAAGCCCAAGUGAAAUUCUUCCAUGCUCUCCCUUCCUCUAGCCGUUCCCUGACAUGGUCUGAAUGGGCCGUGGAUGUUGUAACUGAUGUUUGUUUUGACCUUUCACACGUGCAGUUUCUCCAGACUUAAGUUCGGCUUCUCUAGCUUUUCGCCUUCCACUCACCAUUCUUCAGUUUAAAACGGAGACCUCUCUGGGUGAGCCUAGUGUCAGAGCGCUUGCCUAGCAUGAGUAAGGUCAUGGGUUCAAUGAUGGUACCAACCCAGGAAGGAGAAAAGAUCGUGAGCACACAGAGCUCGUUUCAGCCAAGUCAGGGCCUGAGAGGGUGGCCUGCCUUUCCCUCCUGAGAUGUCAGGGUCUGGGCAGUGAAUUCCCACCCAUUUGCAGCCUGCACUGUCUGUGGCGAUGUUAAGAUGGUUUUUUGUUCCUACCAACACAUCUGACUUUUGAUUUGUUUUGCAUGUUUUUUGUUGUAGAAAUGUUUAUAUAACAUGCUUUCCAUAUCAGGGAAAAUCUUAUGUUAUUAAAUUGGCUAUAAUUUUAAUAUCUGUGGACAACUUGUAAAGUUUGGAAUGUAUCAUAUGUAAACAGUUUAAAGAUAUUCAAAUAAAGGCUCUAGGUGUUGACAUGA